GAAUUUUAAAAAAAUUUGCAGAAAAAUGGAAGAUUUGAGUUCAAUCCUGUCAAACCUCUCUCUGAGUGACAACAAAGAGAAAUUUCUUGGAGAAGUUAAACCAUCUUUAUCUGCUUUAACUCGGGCUAAAAUCACAGAAGGGAUAAAUUCCGUUGAUCUGAUAGUUCUGUUUGAUUGUCUGAACACUGAUAAGGAGAGACAGAUAGAAUAUACUCUGGAUAUUCUCAAAUAUCUCUUCUCAUUCAUGGAUCCGGCGAUUAUUAUUGAAAAGUAUGGUGAACUGAUGAAGCAUGGACUCUCCCAUCCGAAUACUCUUGUUCCUAUCUGUAUACUCAAGCAGAUGGAGAGAUGUGCUAGGGAUGAUGAGCUGACAGGAAUGAUCUGCCAGCAUCCAAUCUUCCUCCCUGCGCUCCGACUUUUAAAAGCAGAUCUGAGCGUGUACUCUGAGGUUUCUAAGUUUGUGCUCCAGGUGGCGGAAACUACUACAGGAGCUAGAAUACUGCUCGGAGCAGAGACGGUUGCAGAGUUACACCUCCUGGGAAGCUUGAACGAGGUGAUCAAGAUUAGAGUACUCGAGGUUGCUGUCAGGAUUAGUCAGCUCAGUCAGGAGCACCUGGAUGAGGUUGACAGAGUUGGACUUCUUCAACCACUUCACGAACUCAUCCAUGUCGAUGAUAUCCUGGUAAAACUGAAUGCUGUAGAACUCGUCACUAGCGUAGCUCUCACCCAUCAGGGGCUCAGAUUUCUCGAAAACAACGGAAUGAUUAGUAGGAUGGAGGAAAUACUUCAAUCCUCCAGACAAGAUCCAUUCGCGGAUAUUCUCAUACCAGGGCUCAUCAAGUUCUUCGGUAACAUUGCUCAUCUUCGUCCUAAGCUGAUGAUUGUUCAACAUCCUAACUUCAUGGACUGCUUGUUCAGUAUGGCGGAGUCAUCAGAUCUCACUCAGAGAGCGAUAGCCUUCGAAACUAUUGGAUGGAUUGGGGUGAGUCUUGAGGGAAAGGUUACUCUGGCCGACCUGGGGAAUAAGAUGAGCCACUGUAUCGAGAAACUCGAGGAUCUAAUUCGCGACUCUCCCACAGAGAUACGGAUACGAGGGAUGAAUGCGUUCUCAAGCCUGAUAAAGCUGGAUAAGGAGAACCAGACAAAUGAGUUCCUCUCGAUUACUGAGUCCUGGUAUAAGAGAGCGCUGGGAAACCGUGGUUCUCCUAUGCAGCUUUUGGUUGGGAUUGUUAAACUUCCAUUCGCAGAUAUGAGAUUGGCCGUGUAUGGUUUGCUGAAUAAUAUAGCUAAGCAGGGUUGGGGGCGGAGAGAAAUCCUUAGGUUCCCCGGUUUCCCUGAACUUCUCUUAGACCGAUCUACGGAGAGAGAUAAAGACGGAAAGGAUGCAAAAUAUGACCUGAUCCAGAGCUUGGUUGAGAGCGGAGAGGCCAAGGAAGUUGUUGGAGCAGAGAUAGAUGGCCGACUCCGUGAAUACUCAAGGCUCGGAGCUCAUCAUGUUCAAGUUCAAUCCCAGGUUGCUUAUGAAGGAGACUAAACCAAGAAAAAUGAAUUUACUUAUUAUCUGGUAGAAAUUAUAAUUUUCUUUAAUCUAAAAUAAACAAACUUUAUUUUA